AUGGAUGACCGAAUCGACGAGGACGAGAGUGACAAGGAGUUGGCGGGCUUGACCUCUCUUCCACCUCACCGGAAAGCCCAUUCAUACAGCCAACAGCUGCGAGGCGCCUCGACGCACAAACGGCACCAACGAGUCCGAAAGCACAGUCUGGACGACAGCCGUAUAUCCAGUAACAUCGAGUCUUCGUUUUACGAGUCCGACUCCGAUGACGACAUAUUUUCCCGUUCAUCUUCUAGAAACCACGGUGGUGGUGAGGAAGAGUACAAUGAAGGCAAUGACGCGACACAAUACCAACCAUUGCAGGAAUUCAUUGGCAGUGGGGGCGGCACUGGGGUCUUUAAGGCUCCUUUUAGAGCGUCCGUUCAUCCAGGGAGACCGCCAUGCCUGGAGUUAAGGCCCCAUCCCUUGAGGGAGACUCAGGUGGGCAAAUUCCUGAGGAACAUUGCUUGUACGGAAACACAGUUGUGGGCUGGUCAGGAAGGCGGAGUGAGGGUGUGGGAAAUUCAGAACUCCUACGAGCCCGGCAGUGGUCUAGGCGGAAAGGUCAGAAGGGGCGACGAGGACGCUGCUCCCUUUUUUGAAUCAGCGGAUACCUCUCCCACCUUGUGUUUGGCCGUCGACAAUGGGAAUAGGUUGGUGUGGAGUGGCCAUAAGGAUGGCAAGAUCAGGUCUUGGAAAAUGGAUCAACGCUUUGCUACCCCCUUCAAGGAAGGUCUUUCUUGGCAGGCACACAGAGGUCCCGUUCUUUCCAUUGCCAUAAGUUCCUUUGGCGAUCUCUGGUCGGGUUCUGAAGGGGGUGUUCUUAAGAUCUGGCCAUGGGAAUCCGUCGAAAAAUCUCUUUCCCUCUCUCCCGAAGAAAGACACAUGGCAGCCUUGCUUGUCGAGAGGUCCUUCGUUGACCUCCGUAGCCAAGUGACCGUCAACGGCGUCUGCAGCAUAUCUUCUCAAGAUGUCAAGUCUUUGCUGAGUGACCAUAUCAAAGGUCGAAUCUGGUGCGCUGGCCCUCUCUCCUUCUCACUCUGGGAUGCCCGCACAAAGGAGCUUCUCAAAGUAUUUAACAUUGAAGGUCAGGUGGAAAAUCGAGUUGACAUGUCAUCCGUGCAGCAGCAGGAUCAAGCCGUUGAAGACGAAAUGAAAGUCAAGUUUGUUUCCAACUCCAAAAAGGAGAAAUCCCAGACUAGCUUUCUACAGCGCUCACGUAAUGCCAUAAUGGGAGCUGCUGAUGCCGUGCGUCGAGUUGCCACCAAGGGCGCUGGGGCAUUUGUGGAUGAUACCAAAAGAACCGAAGCUCUUGUCCAAACAGGCGAUGGAAUGAUUUGGAGUGGAUGUACCAAUGGCUUACUUGUGCAAUGGGAUGGCACUGGGACCCGUUUGCAGGAUUUCAACCGCCACCCCUGUGCUAUCCAAUGCUUCUGUACUUUUGGAACACGCUUAUAUGUUGGCUAUGUGAGUGGUAUUAUCCAAGUACUGGACCUAGAAGGCAAUCUCAUUGCCGCAUGGGUUGCUCAUAAUGGUCCUGUCAUCAAACUGGCUGUUGGCUGUGAUUAUGUUUUUAGCUUGGCUACGCAUGGUGGCCUACGGGGAUGGAUUAUUGCUUCUCCAGGUCCUGUUGACAACAUGAUAAGAGCCGAGUUGGCCGCAAAGGAACUUAUUUAUACACGGCGGCACAAUGUCAGAAUUUUGAUUGGCACAUGGAAUGUCGGUCAAGGGAGAGCUUCUCAGGAUUCACUCUCCUCAUGGCUGGGUUCCAUCGCCUCAGAUGUAGGCAUUGUUGUCGUUGGUUUGCAAGAAGUGGAGAUGGGUGCCGGUUUUCUUGCAAUGUCUGCAGCAAAAGAAACUGUUGGUCUUGAAGGAAGUGCAAUGGGGCAGUGGUGGCUGGAUACAAUAGGAAAGGCUUUAGAAGAAGGGAAAGCUUUUGAACGCAUGGGCUCUAGGCAACUUGCUGGCUUGCUUGUAUCUCUUUGGGUAAGAAAGAAUCUUAGAACACAUGUUGGAGACAUUGAUGCUGGGGCUGUCCCGUGUGGUUUUGGACGCGCAAUUGGUAAUAAGGGAGGAGUUGGUUUGAGAAUCAGAGUGUAUGACAGGAUAAUGUGCUUUGUCAAUUGUCACUUGGCUGCACAUUUGGAAGCAGUUAAUCGGCGGAAUGCUGAUUUUGAUCACAUUUAUCGAAAUAUGGUGUUCACCCGAUCAUCCAACCUACUUAAUACUGCAGCUGCUGGCGUCUCUACUGCUGUUCAUGUGCUUCGUGGUACCAAUGCUACGGGCGGAAGCUCUGAAGAACCAAAACCUGAUUUAUCUGAAGCAGAUAUGGUGGUAUUUUUUGGUGAUUUCAACUAUCGCCUUUUUGGUAUAUCUUAUGAUGAAGCUAGAGACUUUGUUUCUCAAAGAUGCUUUGAUUGGCUUAGAGAAAAGGAUCAGCUGAGGGCAGAGAUGAAAGCUGGAAAAGUUUUCCAGGGAAUGCGGGAGGCACUUAUAAAAUUUCCUCCAACAUAUAAAUUUGAGAGACACCAACCAGGUUUAGGAGGGUAUGAUUCUGGAGAGAAAAAGCGAAUUCCGGCCUGGUGUGACAGAAUAAUAUACCGUGAUACUCGGGCUGGUCCAGCUUCUGAGUGCAAUUUAGACUGCCCUGUCGUGUCAUCAAUUUUACAGUAUGAUGCUUGCAUGGAUGUGACUGAUAGUGAUCACAAACCUGUCCGGUGUAAAUUCAAUGUAAAAAUUUCUCAUGUUGAUAGAUCAAUAAGGAGAAAGGAGUUUGGGGUACUUAUGACAUCAAAUGAGAAAAUAAGAUCUGUUCUUGAAGAUUUAUGUUAUGUUCCAGAAGCCACUGUCAGCCCAAACAGUUUAGUCAUUCAAAACCUGGACACGUCGUUCUUGCUUAUUACAAACAGAAGUACAAAGGAUAAGGCUAUAUAUAAAAUUACUUGUCAAGGCCAGUCUAUAGUCAAGAAUGAUGGACAGGCAGCUGAUUAUAGCCCAAGAGGUGGCUUUGGCUUUCCUAGAUGGCUUGAGGUUACUCCAGCUGCGGGCGUAAUUAAACCUGAGCAAAAUGUAGAGGUUUCAGUCCGUCAUGAAGAUGUUCACCCCUUAGAAGAAUCUGCAAAUGGCGUACCACAGACCUGGUGGAAUGAAGACACCCGAGAUAAGGAAGUGAUUUUGGUUGUUCAUGUACAAGGCAGUUCUUCCGUCCGAACUUCAUGUCAGCAAAUUCAUGUGCGCCACUGCAUGGCUGCUAAGCCAGCUCGACUUGACUCAAAAUCCAACAGUGCUAAAAGAAAUCAAAUAAGCUAA